AUGUCACGAAGACCGACGGACGUGGCGUCGAAGGAGCGCAACGAAUACAUCCCAUCCUUCAUCUCCAAAAAGCCGUUUUAUAUCGAUGACGAAUCAUCUGCAAACGACUAUCUAGAGCAUCAGCGUUUGCAGAAGUCAAAAGAAGACCAAUCAAAAUGGUACGAUAGAGGCAAGCGGGCAGGUCCUGCAGCUACAAAAUACCGUAAGGGGGCUUGCGAGAACUGUGGCGCGAUGACACACAAGACAAAAGAAUGUUUGAGCAGACCCAGAAAGCACGGAGCGAAAUGGACCGGGAAAGAUAUACAAGCUGACGAGGUCAUCCAAAACGUGGAGCUGGGCUGGGAUGCCAAACGAGAUCGUUGGAACGGUUAUGAUGCUAGGGAAUAUUCGAACGUUGUGCAAGAAUACGAGGAGUUGGAAGUAUUAAAGCGAAAAGCAAAAGAAGAACUUGAAAAGGGCCGGAGGUCGGAACCGGCUGAUAAUGAUGAGGACGAAGGGGAUGUUGAUGGCGUGGGCGAGGCUAAAUAUGCUGAAGAGUCUGACAUGGGAAGGAAACAAAGCACAGCCACCCGGAAUUUACGAAUUCGAGAAGAUACUGCAAAGUAUUUGCUGAAUUUAGACCUUGACUCUGCCAAAUACGAUCCAAAGACCCGUUCAAUGGUGGAUAUGGGUGCGCAAUCCGACCAAGCCGCCGCUCUUGUUGCCGAAGAGAACUUCAUGCGCGCCUCGGGCGAUGCUGCUGAAUUUGAAAGGGCUCAACGUUACGCUUGGGAGUCGCAAGAGCGUGGGGACAAAGAUAGACAGCAUUUGCAGGCCAACCCUACACAAGGAGAGUAUUACAGGAAGAAACAAAAGGCAGAGAUGGAUGCCAAAAAACAAGAACAAAGGAAAGCACUACUAGAAAAGUAUGGUGGAGCAGAACAUUUACAGCCCGGAUUAUUACACCAAACCGCCGUUACCGAAAAUGAGCGUUUUGUCGAGUACGACGAGACCGGAGCCAUAAAAGGAGAGCCAAAACACGCUGCGAAGUCAAAAUACGCAGAAGAUGUGCUGAUCAACAACCAUACGUCAGUAUGGGGCAGUUGGUGGUCCAGUUUCAAAUGGGGUUACGCCUGCUGCCAUUCUACGGUGAAAAAUAGCUACUGUACAGGCGAAGAUGGCAAGAAAGCUUUUGCGGAAGCGGAGAAUAUGGUUCUAAAUGAGCUUAAGAAGGCCCCUGUUGAAGAGCCUGCUGCAGAUGCCGAUGAAAAAGAGAAUAAAUCUGUGGUCACUACACUAAAGAAACGAACUCUGCAUGAGAUGCAGCAAGGAGUGACAGAGGAAGAGCUCGAGAACUAUAAAAAGUCUCGACAAGCUGCUGAUGACCCCAUGGCUGCGUUUCUCGGAAAAGACGAAUUGGUUACUUGA